GUCCACAAGGAUCGCGAUGUCGUAUGACCCAAUCUCGCCCCAAUUCCCUACAUAUCAAUAUUGGAGAUGUGCUCCACGUGAACUGCGCGGCCUUCUAGAGGUUCUGAACACUAUUCGUAUCCGCCCUUGGCGUUUCCCUCUUGGAAUGAUAGGGGUUGGUCCCAUUUCAAUGUAUUUCCCUUCACGUAUCAUCCUACCCAGUGCUGUGCUGUAGGCUUCUGCUAGUCAGUAAUUCGUGCAGGGCGCGCUGAGUGGCGCGAUUAAGGGAAAAUCCGCAUCAUUGUACACCACAUUUCU